AUGAAAGCCCCAAAUGUACGAUCAUUUUUACCUCGCAAUGUUCAUAGGCGGAGCAUAGGUUUCAUUCGAAAUUAUGCAGUUCAAAAUCCAGGAAACCCUACUCUGCAAAUCUUCAACCGGCGUACGAAAUGGGCGCAGAAGGAACGAGCAGCAGCAGAUGUCGAGAGUAGUAGGAGAGUCGAUUAUUUGAAGGAUGAAGUGGCAAUGAGAUUGUCUGAGCGAUUGCUGGACAUUAAUAGACAUUUUGGCCACGUUCUCGACUUGGGUGCAAAUUCAUGUAAUAUCGCCCGCGCACUCACUCUACCCGAUCCAUUCCCAGAAGCAAAAUCUCCGCCAUUAUCAACUCGAAUUGGGCGGAUAACAGCUGCCGACUCGUCGCGAGCCAUUCUGUAUCGAGACGCGGAUCAACCGUUCAACAAAGAGGUAGACAUCACUCGAGAUGUAAUCGGGGACGAAGAAAGUCUCCCAUAUGAUGGAAACUCUUUCGACGCAGUCUUGAGCUCUCUAAGUAUGCAUUGGAUUAAUGAUCUACCAUCAUUACUUGCACAGAUAAACCACGUUCUGAAACCGGACGCACCGUUCAUCGCCGCAAUGUUUGGAGGAGAUUCUCUUUACGAAUUACGCACUUCCUUACAACUCGCGGAUCAAGACAGAAGAGGUGGUGUUUCAACUCACGUCUCGCCCUUGGCAGAUGUAAGAGAUAUGGGCGGACUAUUACAGAAAGCUGGAUUUAAGAUGUUGACAGUAGAUGUGGACGACAUAAUCGUCGAUUAUCCAACCUCGUUUGCCUUAAUGCAGGAUCUUCAAGCGAUGGGAGAAAGCAAUGCGGUGUUUGGUCGAGAAUUUGGGCCAAUACAACGAGAUGUUUUGCUUGCUAAUGAAGGUAUUUAUCGGGAGUUGCAUGGCAAUGAUGAUGGCUCGUUACCUGCGACUUUUCGUAUGAUAUAUAUGAUCGGCUGGAAAGAAGGACCAAAUCAGUCUCAACCGUUGGAGCGGGGAAGUGGUCAAAUCAACAUCAAGGACAUAUUAGGAGGUGGAGAUGUCAAGUAA